AUGGAUACAACUUCUCUUAAUAAAAAUUAUGCCUACAACGAAAUGGUUAGGGCUGCAAAAACCGAUUUCUCUUUCGAGCCGAACCUCAGGUAUCGUACCAUUACCGGCGUUAGGGGACCUCUCGUUAUUUUGGAUAAAGUAAGAUUCCCUAGAUAUUCCGAAAUUGUAAGAAUUAAUAUGGGAGAUGGUUCUACCAGAAGAGGCCAGAUUCUCGAGGUUAAAGGCAACGUAGCAGUCGUUCAGGUGUUCGAAGGCACCGCAGGUAUCGAUAACAAAUCAUGUACAGUUGACAUGACCGGAGAAACAUUGAAAAUGGGUGUUUCUGAGGAUAUGCUUGGAAGAGUUUUUAAUGGAAGCGGCUUUCCAAUAGACGAUGGGCCCUCAAUUCUUCCAGACGACUAUGUUGAUGUCAAUGGGUAUCCUAUAAACCCAAUCUGUAGAAUGCAUCCACGUGAAAUACUUGAAACCGGUAUUUCUACAAUUGAUGUGAUGAAUUCAAUUGUUUUGGGCCAGAAAAUACCCCUAUUUAGCGCUGCAGGCCUACCACACAAUGAAAUCGGCGCUCAGAUCUGUAGACAAUCACGUUUAGUUGACGGUAAGGAUACCAAGGAUAAGCACCCUGACAAUUUCGCUGUUGUUUUCGCAGCCAUGGGAGUCAAUCUUGAAACUGCGGAUUUUUUCCGAAGAGAUUUCGAGCAAACGGGAGCCAUGUCACGUGUAGUUCUGUUCCUGAACCUGGCCAAUGACCCAGCAGUCGAGCGAAUAAUCACACCGAGAUACGCAUAUACAGCAGCUGAAUACCUUGCAUUUGAUAGAGAAAUGGACGUUUUCGUAAUUUUGACCGACAUGUCGUCGUAUGCAGAUGCACUUAGAGAGGUUUCAGCAGCUAGAGAGGAGGUGCCAGGCCGUAGAGGAUACCCAGGAUACAUGUACACAGAUCUAGCUAGUUUGUAUGAACGGGCAGGCAGAAUAAACGGCUCGACGGGAAGCAUAACACAAUUUCCUAUUUUAACCAUGCCGAACGACGAUAUAACGCACCCGAUUCCGGAUCUUACUGGCUAUAUCACAGAGGGGCAGAUUUUUGUUGAUAGAACUCUGUUUAACAAGGGCAUUUACCCGCCAAUUAAUGUGCUUCCAAGCCUCAGCAGACUAAUGAAAUCGGGAAUCGGCGCUGAACUGACCCGAGAAGACCACCCUAGUGUCAGUGAUCAGCUUUACUCUGACUACGCCAUAGGCCAGGAUACAAGAGCCAUGAAAGCUGUUAUAGGCGAGGAGGCUCUUUCCUCUGAUGAUCUUCUUUACCUCGAAUUUACUGAUAACUUCGAGAAUAAGUUCUUGAGGCAGGGCCAGUACGAACGCAGGACCAUAGAGGAGUCCCUGGAUAUCUGCUGGGAGCUACUUCGUACAUUUCCCGAAGAUAUGCUCAAGAAAAUCAAGACUGACUUAGUGAAGAAGUACUAUCCUAGAAAAUUAUAG